AACGCAAGACACACCACUAGGCUUGGCCGAAGAAGCUACGGACCCAUCGAGCACCAGGCACAUGGCGGCCAGCAACGGCGGCGCUCUCCCGGUGGUGGACCUGGCGCCGUUCUUCGCCGGGGACGGUGCCCACGACAACAGCGCGCGCGCCCGGGCCAUCGAGGCCGUGCGCCAGGCGGGCCAAGCGACCGGGUUCUUCCGCGCGGUGAACCACGGCGUGCCGCGCGAGCUCAUGGCACGCGCUUUGGAGCUAUCGGCAGCGUUCUUCGCGCUCCCGGACGAGGAGAAGGCCAAGGUGCGGCCCGCCGAGGCCUCCUCCAACGCUCCGCUCCCGGUGGGGUACGCGCGGCAGCCGGCGCACUCCGCCGACAAGAACGAGUACCUGCUCCUCUUCAACCCCAAGCUCUUGCUCAACAAGUACCCCGCCGAACCGGCCGGACUCAGGGGUGCGUUGGAGGAGUGCUUCGCCAAGCUCACCGACCUAGGGCUGCUCAUGCAGGACAUCCUGAACGAGUGCAUGGGCCUGCCGCCGGGCUUCCUCGCCGAGUACAACUCCGACCGUGGCUUCGACUUCCUCACGGCGCUGCGCUACUUCCCGGCGACAACCGACGAGAACAACGGCAGCAGCGCGCACGAGGACGCCAACUGCAUCACCUUCGUACUACAGGACGACGUCGGGGGCCUGGAGGUGCGCGGCGUCGACGGCCGCUGGGUCCCCGCGGAGCCCGUGGAGGGCAGCAUCGUCGUCAAUGUGGGCGACGUUCUGCAGGUGCUGAGCAACAAGAAGUUCAAGAGCGCCACGCACAGGGUGGUGAGGAGGCCGGAGGCGCACCGCCACUCCAUCGUCUUCUUCCUCAACCUCCACGGCGACAAGUGGGUCGAGCCGCUGCCGGAGUUCGCGGGCGACGUCGGCGAGCCGCCGCGCUACAGGGGGUUCCGAUACAACGAGUACAUGCAGCUGCGGAUGAGGAACAAGACCCACCCGCCGUCCAGGCCCGAGGACGUCGUCCACAUCACCUAUUACGAGAUCUAGCUUCCAUGGUCCAUGGGUACUCUGUACUGCGCCUUUUAUUAUGUUCUCAAAUUUCAGCUCGUCUGUGGUGUGAAUGUUGGAUUAAUUAUGCAUCUCUGGGAUACCAUUAGCAGGAACUGAUUACAUCUAGAUCACCUAAAAAGCAUGAACAGAGAAGGUUUAGGGAAUCUUUACAUGUCACGGCAGUGGACAUGAUCGCCUGCUCGAUGCAGGCGUGAUGCAGGGGUGAUGUAGUCGAGGUAGCAGUCCUCCUCAACGUCCUGAUGCCCUCAGGACGCCACC